AUGACCAUCAAUGAACUAACUGGUUCCCCACGACAUGCUGCUGCACCGGCCCCUCCAGGGAAGGGAAAGAAGAAGGCUACAGAGCCUAUUCUUGAGUCAUCAGAUGAGAACGAUACUGAUUUUAUGCUUUUAGAUAGUCUGCUUAUCCCCUGUCACCUCUUCGACGGGGAUGACAUGCUUGCCGAAUGCGCUUUUGACUUGUACACCAAGUCAGCGAGCAAGAAAAAGUCCCACAAGCGCCAGUCUGGGGAGGGCUGCAGCAAUCGCCCCACGAAGAAGCCUCGAAUAGACGACCCUCCUACGCCUACUCCAACAAGGGAGGCAACUCCUCCACCAGCUCCUACUAGGGAGGCAACUCCUCCAACUCCAACAAACCCAGAUCCUCCAUCUCCAGUCAGACAGACUCCUCCUCUAGCUCCAAUCGACCCUAUGCCUCCAGCAUCCACUGUCCAACAUUCGGCUGGUCACCGGGAAGAGAAUGCUCAGUUCGAGAAGAGACCUGGUAAUUCGCUUAGUGCUGCUGAGGCUCAAUAUACCGAGCAACUCAAGGCGGCAGAAGCUUCCUAUGCCGAGCAGCUGAAGACAGUCGAGGUGAAGCAUUCUGAUGCCCUUAAGGAGGUCGAGGCAAAGCAUACUGAGGCCUUCAAGGAGGCUGAGGAAAAACACCUCGAGGCGCUGCAGCUGACUGAGGCCAAGAUCACUUCAUUCGAGGAGGAGGUGAAGAGGAAGGAUGCGAGUAUUGCCAAGAUCACUGCAUCAAAGGAGCAAUACAAGGAGGUCUCGCUUAAUAAUUACUAG